AAGGGAGACCCAUGGAAGGCUUGAAGCUGUCAUACUCUCUGCACCUGAGCCAUGGCGGGAAGACUCUCCACCCAUUUACUGCUUCGACCUUAGUUUCAAGAUUUCAUCCCAAAUGCUACCUUCCUCUUUCCACCGGUUGUAGGCAAUAUGCAGGCUUCAUUGUCCAAGCAUUAGCCUUAGUCUAUCCUAAAAGCUUGUCCUUUAGACAUUUUGGUAUGGGCAGAGUACAAGAAUUACGAUUCACUGCAGGAAGGACAUCAGCAUCUAUGCAACCUAUAACUGAGGAACUUGAGGAUGAUAAGUCCAAGGAUUUCCCCACGAGUGGGGAUUCCAUACGACAGCGGUUUCUUGAUUUUUAUGCUGCACGUGGUCAUAAGGUUCUUCCAAGUGCCUCUCUUGUCCCAGAUGAUCCAACAGUUCUACUGACAAUUGCAGGAAUGCUUCAAUUCAAACCUGUAUUCCUUGGAAAGGUGCCCAGACAAGUGCCUCGUGCCACAACUUCUCAGAGGUGUAUUAGAACAAAUGAUGUUGAGAAUGUAGGCCGGACAUCUCGGCAUCAUACAUUCUUUGAGAUGCUCGGAAAUUUCAGUUUUGGAGAUUACUUCAAGAGAGAUGCAAUUAAAUGGUCCUGGGAGCUUUCAACCAUGGAAUUUGGAUUGCCAGCUGACAGAUUAUGGAUUAGUGUUUAUGAGGAUGACAAUGAAGCUUUUGCUAUAUGGCAUGAUGAGGUGGGAGUUCCUGUGCAGCGUAUAAAGAGACUGGGUGCAGAUGACAACUUCUGGACCAGUGGAGUAACUGGUCCCUGUGGUCCAUGCUCUGAGAUAUAUUAUGAUUUCCAUCCUGAGAGGGGACAUUCAAAUGCUGACCUGGGAGAUGGUACUAGGUUCAUAGAAUUCUACAAUCUUGUUUUCAUGCAAUAUAACAAAAGAGACGAUGGUUCACUUGAACCCUUAAAACAGAAGAAUAUAGAUACUGGGCUGGGCUUAGAGCGAAUGGCUCGCAUCCUUCAGAAGGUUCCAAACAAUUAUGAAACUGACUUAAUUUUCCCCAUUAUAGAGAAGGCCUCAGAAUUGGCAAAUGUUUCUUACACUCUUGCAGAUGAUCCUACAAAGGCAAACCUUAAAAUAAUUGGAGAUCAUCUGCGUGCAAGUGUUUAUCUUAUAUCAGAUGGCGUAGUCCCAUCUAAUAUUGGGAGGGGUUAUGUAGUUCGACGGCUCAUCAGAAGGACUGUUCGUACUGGCAGGUUACUUGGUAUAAAGGGAGAUGGGAAGGGAAAUCUUGAAGGAGCAUUUUUGCCAAUACUUGCCAGAAAAGUAAUUGACUUAAGCAGUCAUAUAGAUUCAGAUGUGAAGACAAGAGCACCCCGCAUUCUGGAGGAGUUAAAAAGGGAAGAAUUACGAUUUGUUAUAACAUUGGAGAGAGGAGAAAAGCUUCUUGAGCAAAUGUUGGCGAUUGCAUUAUCAAGUGCGCAAGAUAAUGGGACUGUACCUUGUUUAUCAGGGAAGGAUGCAUUUCUCCUGUACGACACAUAUGGGUUUCCUGUGGAGAUAACAAUGGAAGUGGCCGGUGAACGUGGUGUCAAUAUAGAUAUGAAUGGCUUUAAUAUUGAGAUGGAGAACCAAAGACGUCAAUCUCAGGCUGCACAUAUUGCUGUUAAACUUGCAGUUGAAAAUGGUGCAGAUCUGACAGACAAUAUUCCUGACACUGAAUUUCUGGGUUAUGACACCCUUUCUACCAGAGCUGUGGUUGAGAGUCUCUUGGUGAAUGGGAAACCAGUGUUACAGGUUGCUGAAGGAAAUGACGUGGAAGUUUUGCUGAAUAGGACACCCUUUUAUGCUGAAUCAGGUGGUCAAAUUGGAGAUCAUGGUUUUCUGUGUGUUACUGAAACUGGUAACCAACUGAAAGCUGUUGUAGAAAUAAAAGAUGUACAAAAAUCUCUAGGUAACAUAUUUGUUCAUAAGGGGACUGUAAUAGAAGGGGAGAUAGAGGUUGGCAGAGAAGUUGAAGCUGCGGUAGAUGCAGACUUGAGGAAGCGGGCUAAGGUUCAUCACACUGCUACUCAUUUGCUACAAGCGGCACUAAAAAAUGUAAUAGGCCAGGAAACAUCACAAGCUGGUUCAUUAGUGGCUUUUGAUCGCCUUAGAUUCGAUUUUAACUUCCACCGACCACUAAAGGAUAAUGAACUUAUGGAAAUUGAAGGACUUGUCAACAGAUGGAUUGCGGAUGCUACACUUCUGCGGACUAAAGUCAUGCCUCUAACUGAUGCAAAAUUGGCCGGAGCUAUCGCAAUGUUUGGAGAAAAAUAUGGAGAACAGGUGCGCGUUGUAGAGGUUCCAGGGGUAUCCAUGGAACUAUGUGGUGGCACUCAUGUCAGCAAUACUUCUGAAAUUCGUGGCUUCAAAAUAAUCUCAGAACAGGGGAUUGCAUCAGGAAUCAGGCGCAUUGAAGCUGUUGCUGGUGAAGCUUUUGUUGAAUAUGUCAGUGCAAGAGAUAACCAUAUGAAGCAACUAUGCUCCACUCUUAAAGUAAAAGCUGACGAAGUGGUAACUAGGGUAGAAUCUCUUUUGGAAGAAUUGCGAAUAGCAAGAAAUGAAGUUUCAGCCAUGCGUGGAAAAGCGGCAGUUUACAGAGCAUCAAUCAUUGCAAGCAAGGCAUUCACUGUAGGGACGUCGAAAACAAUCAGGGUGCUAGUUGAGUCCAUGGACGAUACUGAUGCUGAUUCACUAAAGAGUGCCGCUGACUAUUUGUUGGACACUUUACAAGAUCCAGCAGCAGUGAUUUUGGGUUCAUGUCCAGGUGAAGGGAAGGUAAGCCUAAUUGCUGCAUUUUCUCCAGGGGUUGUUGAUUUGGGAAUUCAAGCGGGGAAGUUUAUAGGGCCUAUAGCUAAGUUGUGUGGAGGAGGAGGUGGUGGUAAGCCUAAUUUUGCUCAGGCAGGUGGGAGGAAACCUGAGAAUUUGAUGAGUGCGUUGGAUAAAGCUCGAGCAGAGUUUGUUUCCAUUCUAUCUGAAAAAACAAGCUGAAAAUCAUCAGCAGUGUCUAAGCACGAAAUUUCUGGUCAGAUUGAGUUCAGUUGACAAUCUCCAAACAUCUGAAAGCAUCAACAUGUCCCUAUAUACAAGUGUUCGUCAAGCAGUCUUACAUUCAUGAUCACAUCCUAAGACGCCAGCAGCAUAUUACACCUUUUCUUUUGGUAGGAGGCAAAAAUUGUGAAGUGCAUUAUAUGUUCUAGCUGUAUUUGUACAAAUUUAUGCAAUUCUGUUAGAUAUAUAUUACCCCCGAGUGGGCCAAAUUGUACAUAUCUAUCAAAUGUUGAGCCCUUAGAAUCAGGCUUGAGAUAGUUUAAUGAAUUGGAAGCAGGA